UUCUCCAAGCCCUCGCAUGGGUGACUUAAAAACCCACUUGCCUCUCCAAUUUUCAAAAAAAAUUAGGAUUUAAAAGCAAAAAAUUAACAAUGGGAUUGACAAACUUGAUUAUAACCGUAGCUGGUGUGAGUGCUGUGAUUCUUUUACUAAGGAGCGAUGUGAAGCAAUCUGCUGCUGUCUUUAGACGCAACGUUAAGCAUAUCCGCCACUGGCUCGAAGAAGAAUCCGCCGCUGCCUCCAAGGCUGCAAAAGAGGCACCACCUAAGGAACUGGAAUCAAAGGUCCCCCACAAGGACAUUCCGAAGGAGGAUAAGCACUAGUGUCUUAUCUCAAGGAUAUGCUGUUGUUUAAGAGAUUUCGUAGUCUUUCCUUUUAAUUUCAUGAAUAUGAUGGUUUGGUUACAAUAAGUCUGUAGAAUCGAUGUUCAGAGAGUCUGAAAUUUCUUAAUUUUGUUUUAUCCUUUAUUCAGUCUUUAGUACGCAGAAAUGUAUCUACCAAGAAUUUAAACUACGCUCAUGAUGUUGGUAAAGGAAGUUCUUUUUAUA